ACGGUGUAAAUAACUUGUUGAUUCCCUGUGGGCUGCUGGAGAGCAUGAAAGAGCUGAGGAGAAAUGAAUGAAACGAAUGAAACACUGAUUUGAACCUGGUUAUUUAAAGAGCUAGAUUAAGGGACGUUAAGGUGCAUCCUGGAAGCAAGACCCCGAGGCAAAAGUACAGGUCAAACAGGCAGCUGAUGGUUGCUUGCUAGCAAAUGGGGCUGUUUGACAAGUUGGCAGCAUGGCUGGGGUUGAAGAAGGAGGUGAAUGUUCUUUGUCUCGGUUUGGACAACAGUGGAAAAACCACCAUCAUCAACCAGCUGAAGCCCGCUAAUGCCCAGGCACAAGACAUCGUCCCAACUAUUGGCUUCAGUAUUGAGAAGUUUAAGACAUCCAGUCUGUCUUUCACAGUGUUUGACAUGUCUGGUCAAGGCAGGUACAGAAACCUUUGGGAACACUACUACAAGGAAGGCCAGGCUAUCAUAUUUGUCAUUGAUAGUGUAGACAAACUGAGGAUGGUAGUAGCCAAAGAAGAACUGGACACAUUACUAAACCACCCUGAUAUUAAACACAGGAGGAUUCCCAUCCUGUUCUUUGCAAACAAGAUGGAUGUCAGGGACGCUCUGUCUUCUGUCAAGGUCUCACAGCUGCUGUGUUUGGCAAAUAUCAAGGACAAACCCUGGCACAUCUGUGCCACUGAUGCUCUGAAAGGAGAAGGUUUACAGGAGGGAGUCGACUGGCUACAAGAUCAAAUCAAGACAAUGAGAACGUGAAGGAAUGAAGAUGGAUGUGCUGGAAGAAGCAGCAUUCCUCCAAGUCUUAUGUGAAGAUUGGUUGAUUCUGUUUUCAGAGGUACCAUGGGACAGUGAUGUUUUUAAUUUUGUAUUUAGAUGGUAAAAUUAAAUUAUUACAUGAUUCUUCUGGUACUAGUAAUGAAAGUACAAAUGAUACCACUGAUAAUGCCAAGUCAAUGAGAUACAUAGAAAUUGGAAACUUUAACAAUUUUUUUUGCGACGUACGUGUCUUUUUUUCCAGGCAAGCGUUUUGAGUUCAAGCUAAUAAUGUGUUUAUUAGGUUUAACUCUCUUUCUAAAGGGGGAGUUACAUUUAAACAAAAACAUCUAUUUAUAUUAUCCCUUCCACUCUUAAUAUUGUUGAGAGUUCCAGAGGGAACAUGAUUAUUUUGAUUGGUGCUGUCUUUAUUUUAGGGAGCAUGGAUACCUGGAAGGUUUGUAAAAAAGACAUGAUUGGAUGUGUCAUUGUGUAUGUGUUAGCCCCUUAACUCUCCCAUGUGUUCCACAAAUGAAAUGUGCCAGAUUCCUGGAGGAGAAAGCACAUGUUUUACAAAACACCAAUAUUAGAUAUUUGUGGCCUGAUGUGCUACAAUCAUAUUCAUUUCCACACAGCAGGGAAUACAUGCUCAGAUUGAAUGUCCACUAAUUGAAAUCAGGUGGCAGUCUCUCUCUGCCUGUCUCAAGCCUCCAUGCAUCAGAUUAAAAACGUUUAGCAGUGACGUUAAGUACGUGCAAUCUGUGCAGGGCUAUUACAUACAAAAUAACCUGUAGGAAAGUUCAUUUGUUUCCAGCACUGAAAUAUGCCAAAUGCUCCAAUUUCUUUUUGUAUGUCUCUCAAGGCCUCUGUAGCUACAUUAUUACGUGUGUUUGAAGCAUCACAGCAUGUCAGUUAACAAUCAUUUACUUCUUCAACAGAAGCACAUUUUUGUAUUUAUUUUACAAAUGCAAAAACUUGGAUAUUGGGUCACAUAUAAAGCAAGAGUUACUAUAUCGUCCCUGCAGCUAAUAUAUUCUUGCAGCUCUACUGAUGUUUGAAUAAUAUUGCUCUCUUUGAAAAUAUAUUUUUGUGCAUUAAAGAUUACAUUUAAUGUAGAUUUGUUACUUGUGGUUGCAUGUACCUGUAUAGUAAACUUAGCUGUAAAAAGUGAUUGUUAUGAAGUGAAUGUAAAGUGAAUUAGUUUGCUUAAAAUCAGAACUUGUCUUUACAAAGUUAUUUCAACCAGUGUUAUUUUUUUACUUUGUCUUACUCCAUUGCCCAAGAAAAAACCUAAUAAUAUAAUGUACUCAUUCUACUCCAGUGAUUCAAAGGCACACCACUAGAAAAAGGAAAAUCAUCUGCUCAGUCUGCACACAGUUUUUAAUGCAAUCCUUUGAUCAUCUGCUUUAGUCUCUGACUGAAUGCUUGCAUUAAAAGCAAUUGCUGUACAGAUCAGAGUGUGUGGUUGCUUUUAGCUUUUGUGCAUCACCUCAUCUGAAAGGAAGGGGGGUUACUGUUUCUGAGUAAUGUCAGGGCAAAGAGUAUCAACUAACCAACAUGUACAUUCAAAUAUUUUAAAUAAUAGUGUUUUAUAUCAUAUACAUACACCGCUUUAUCAUGUUCUUUAAUUUCUCUUCUGCAGAACUAUUUUAAUAACAACUAUGUAGUCAGAAAAUAUCAGCUUGAUAUCACCCAUGGAGACACUAAAAUGUACGGCAAGAAUGCAUGGGGUGGAUAGGAUGAAAAAACUUCCUUUACAUUUUUUUUUAGUUUAGUUAUUUAAGUCGUGAGUGAAUGAAAAGAAAAAUCAUGCUUAGUCGGGCCACCAACAGAUCUACCAAUCCUUCAUAUCAAGUACUUUAUUUGUGUUUGAAGACAAGAAACACAAGCUGGAAAGUGUAGUUUUGUUGCUUUUUGAAAUAUAUAACUGUAUUGGAUUUAUUUUGCAAGUAGACAUAACCAAUGGAAAUGGAUCUUCCUGUUACUUUAAGCCCACUCAUAUCAGUGUCUUCGUGUAGACCACUGGGGGACGCCCAAGUCCAAGAUAUUGAAAUUGAGCUUGUAGGUGUUUUAAGGUCACCACAUUGAUUUUCUAAUUAUAUUGUCUAUUUAUAACUGUAAGACAUUUCAGAGUGAAGAUUUACUUUCCAUGUUCAUAUCCUUAAGACACCAUAUGUUAUCCAUAACAAGGAGAGGAGUCCUGUGAGACCAUGUUUCAUAUUCUCCUGACAUCUCAUUCAAAACGAGAAGACCCUGUGAGCACUAGUUCACUUUAGCAUCAGAUACUGUAUGUUAGAUUGUUACUAAAUGAGCUUUGUUGUUGAUAACAUUGUACGUGUUUAUUUUUAAGAAUAAAUACUGUGUAAAAUGAA